UCCAUCGUUAAGUUGAACGAGUUGAACGUUCAAAGAAACAAUCGCCUGUCCAUAAAAUAAUUUUGUUUUGAGUUUUGUUUACAAAGUGAAAGAAAAUGUCUCUUUGGGUUGACAAGCACCGUCCGCGUGAACUAUCUAAAUUAGAUUAUCACAAGGACCAAGCACAACAAUUGAUCAAUUUGUCACAACAAGGUGACUUUCCGCAUCUAAUGUUUUAUGGGCCGUCCGGUGCCGGCAAGAAGACUCGGAUAAUGUGUCUGCUGCGCGAACUGUAUGGGACUGGUGUGGAGCGCCUCAGAAACGAGACGAUGUCGUUCACCACUCCAUCGAAUCGUAAAAUUGAAAUCAUGACCGUUGGCAGUAACUAUCACCUUGAGGUGAAUCCAUCCGAUGCUGGCAUAUAUGAUCGUGUCGUAGUGGUAGAUUUGGUCAAACAUGUUGCACAGACUCAUCAAUUGGAUCCAACCGGUCAACGGGAAUUCAAGGUGAUCGUUCUGUCGGAAGUGGACGAUCUGACGAAAGAUGCUCAGCAUGCAUUGCGACGAACCAUGGAAAAAUACGUUUCCACUUGCCGCAUAAUAUUGUGCGUGAACUCAACGUCCCGUGUCAUACCAGCUAUUCGAAGUCGUUGUCUAGGUAUCCGUGUCGCCGCUCCUUCAAUCGACGAAAUCGUUGGCAUCUUAACAGCAACAUGUAAAAAAGAAAGUAUCGCACUGCCGCACGAACUGGCAGUCCGAAUAGCCAACAAAUCCGAAAGAAAUCUACGACGAGCACUAUUGAUGGUCGAAGCGUGUAAAGUUCAACAGUGUCCAUUCACCGCCAAUCAAUCCAUUUCCGAUUUGGACUGGCAAUUAUUUCUAACGGAAACAGCCAAUCAAAUUAUUUUGGAACAGACACCAGCCAAAUUGGAAAAGGUCCGUGAGCGUCUGUACGAGCUGCUGUCUCAGGGUGUUCCGCCGGACGUUAUAUUUAAGGGAUUGGUGGAGAAUUUGGUACGCAACUGUGACAUGACAAUCAAAGCGAAAACCGUAGAGUAUGCUGGACUGUACGAGCAUCGAAUGCAACAGGGCAACAAGCAUAUCUUCCAUUUGGAGGCAUUUGUGGCCCAAUUUAUGUCAAUUUACAAGAAAUUCAUGAAUGAUGCCAUGAUGAUGGAUGAGUUUUAGUUUAGUUAGGCCGGUAUUGGCUGCUUGUUGUUUAAGAAAAUACAAAACUGUUGGGUAAAUUA